AUGAUACAGGAAAUACUUCUACUCCUGCUGCUGGGUUGUGAGAGGAACCUAAUGAAAGGAGUGGAUUUUGGGAUAAAUAAUAUGGAUCAAUCGUCGCCAUUCGUAACUAAUGCAAGUCAGUGCAGGCAGAAAUGCACCGAACAUUACAAUUGCCAGUACUUCACAUUUGUUGGGAAAGAAGCAGGAAUAAAUAACCUAAAUAACAGACACUUGUGUUUUCUGAUGGCCUCAACUGAUGAUAUGCCUGUCACAAUACAAUACCUUGAACAUGCAACCUCAGGCUACUCCCUGAAAAACUGCAGUGGUAUCAUCACCUACUCAGCCAAAACAUACAGCCUCGUCCUUGAGGAGAAAAACUGGACUGAAGCACAAGAGUACUGCAGACAACACUACGCAAACCUGUCCAUCAUACACACAGAAGAGGAUUGGAAGGCAAUUCAAUCUUCUUUGGGUAAUUUCAUCGGUGAUGUGUGGAUUGGGCUCCAUAGGCCUGGUUCAACUGAAAAGUGGAAGUGGUCUGAUGGAGAGGACUUCAUGUUCUUUAACUGGGAAAAUGGUUUUGGUGUCCACGCCGUGGGUCAUGACUGUGUCUUGUCUAUUUCAUCUCACUGGCAACCAGUCUCUUGUGCAACUCAAAGACAGUAUAUGUGUCAGCGAGAAGUUCAUCGUGGUAAUGGAACAACAGAGAAGGUGUAUGAGCUGAUGCCUGGGACAAAGACGCAGCAGGAUGCUCUGAAAGACUGCAGGAGCAAAAGCAGAGAUCUGGCAAGUAUCCUGAACCAGAAAGAACAGGAAGCCUUUGAUGAGGUGACUGAAGGGGAAACCUGGAUUGGACUUGAGCACAACAACAGCAACACACUAUGGGAAUGGUCAAAUGGAGAACCAUUUCAGCAAUGGGAAAACACCAGGGUAGAUGGAAACUGUGUACAGCUGAACAGAAAAUGGAGACCAAAAGAUUGCUCUCGUCAAAGUGCUUUCCUUUGCUAUGGAGAUGAACAUCCACUUAACAACACCGGGGAUUUAAACACUCCUGUUACACCUGAAACCACCAGCCCUACUUCAACUGGACCUCCGUCUACAGAAAUGUUUACCACAACACCUACCACCUCACCAACUACCACUAUUAAUGGACAGUCCACCACCUCACCAACUACCACUACUAAUGGACAGUCCACCACAUCAUCAACUACCACUACUAAUGGACAGUCCACCACCUCACCAACUACCACUACUAAUGGACAGUCCACCACCUCACCAACUACCACUACUAAUGGACAGUCCACCACCUCACCAACUACCACUACUAAGGGACAGUCCACCACCUCACCAACUACCACUACUAAUGGACAGUCCACCACCUCACCAACUACCACUACUAAGGGACAGUCCACCACCUCACCAACUACCACUACUAAUGGACAGUCCACCACCUCACCAACUACCACUACUAAGGGACAGUCCACCACCUCACCAACUACCACUACUAAUGGACAGUCCACCACCUCACCAACUACCACUACUAAGGGACUGUCCACCACCUCACCAACUACCACUACUAAUGGACAGUCCACCACCUCACCAACUACCACUACUAAGGGACAGUCCACCACCUCACCAACUACCACUACUAAUGGACAGUCCACCACCUCACCAACUACCACUACUAAGGGACAGUCCACCACCUCACCAACUACCACUACUAAUGGACAGUCCACCACCUCACCAACUACCACUACUAAGGGACAGUCCACCACCUCACCAACUACCACUACUACUGGACAGUCCACCACCUCACCAACUACCACUACUACUGGACAGUCCGCCACCUCACCAACUACCACUACUAAGGGACAGUCCACCACCUCACCAACUACCACUACUAAUGGACAGUCCACCACCUCACCACCUACCACUACUAAUGGACAGUCCACCACCUCACCAACUACCACUACUAAUGGACAGUCCACCACCUCACCAACUACCACUACUGAGGGAGAGUCCACCACCUCACCAACUACCACUACUGAGGGACAGUCCACCACCUCACCACCUACCACUACUAAUGGACAGUCCACCACCUCACCACCUACCACUACUUAUGGACAGUCCACCACCUCACCAACUACCACUACUAAUGGACAGUCCACCACCUCACCAACUACCACUACUAAGGGACAGUCCACCACCUCACCAACUACCACUACUAAGGGACAGUCCACCACCUCACCAACUACCACUACUAAUGGACAGUCCACCACCUCACCAACUACCACUACUAAGGGACAGUCCACCACCUCACCAACUACCACUACUAAGGGACAGUCCACCACCUCACCAACUACCACUACUAAGGGACAGUCCACCACCUCACCAACUACCACUACUAAUGGACAGUCCACCACCUCACCAACUACCACUACUAAGGGACAGUCCACCACCUCACCAACUACCACUACUAAGGGACAGUCCACCACCUCACCAACUACCACUACUAAUGGACAGUCCACCACCUCACCAGCUACCACUACUAAUGGACAGUCCACCACCUCACCAACUACCACUACUGAGGGAGAGUCCACCACCUCACCAACUACCACUACUGAGGGACAGUCCACCACCUCACCACCUAUCACUACUAAUGGACAGUCCACCACCUCACCAACUACCACUACUAAUGGACAACAGUCCACCACCUCACCAACUACCACUACUAAUGGACAGUCCACCACCUCACCAACUACCACAACUAAUGGACAGUCCACCACCUCACCAACUACCACUAUUAAUGGACAGUCCACCACCUCACCAACUACCACUACUAAUGGACAGUCCACCACCUCACCAACUACCACUAUUAAUGGACAGUCCACCACCUCACCAACUACCACUACUAAUGGACAGUCCACCACCUCACCACCUACCACUACUAAUGGACAGUCCACCACCUCACCACCUACCACUACUAAUGGACAGUCAACCACCUCACCACCUACCACUAGUAAGGGACAGUCCACCACCUCACCAACUAUCACUAUUAAUGGACAGUCCACCACCUCACCAACUACCACUACUGACAGACAGUCCACCACACUACCAACCUCAACUUCCAGUGGACAACUGACCUCAUCAUGUUUCACCUCCCCAAACAGUCAGCCAACAUCCUCCCCCAGUAGUACAACUUCUCCACUCCAUCCUAAUUACCUGCACUUCUUCAACGAGUCCAAGAGCUGGAUCAAUUCCCUGAAGUUCUGUGAAAGUCGUGGCUCCAAGUCCAACCUGGUGCAAAUCACCAACCAGACUGUGCAUGCUGACGUGACCCAGCUCCUGGCGAACGUGGAGCUGCAAUGUGGGGAAGUGUGGAUUGGUCUGGAGCGGUCCAUCUUUGAGUGGAACGCCCCCUGGCUGUGGACCAGUGGUGAUGUUGAUAAGGUGGUGAAGUACAGUGAGUGGCAUAGUUGCUUCCCCCUCAACCCCAUCAAUUACCACUGUGGUAAGAUGGUCCGGGUUGGUAACGGAGAACUGAAGUGGCUGGAUGCUUCCUGUCAUCAGGAAUUACCCUUCAUCUGUCAAGGUGCGUUGCUCAACUUUUAAGCUCCUAUUUUGGGGCUUGUUCAGAGGGGUGGAACACUCAGAAUGUUGCAGAUAGACCAAUGUUACAUAGAACUGUCAUGGUUUACUGCGGAAUAGAGAUUUACUGUCUUGACUCUCAUGUCAGCUCUAUGGAAUGUAUUACUUUAUGCAAUGCGUUGAUUAUACCUCCCUAUUGAAUAAGGCUCAACCUACCUCCCAGAAACCCCCUCUCUACAGUUGGCUACUAUCUGAAUUGCUCUUUUCUGCCUUUUACUGUAGCCAAUAGUAUACUGUAGUUUAAUAGUCUUGAAUAAGCAAAAACAAAAUAGCAAGGUCUAGUCAUUAAAGAUACAUCAAUGUCCUCUUAUCCUGUAUGUGAUGUUUUAACAGAUCUCCACUAGAGGGCUCUACAUGGCAGCCUGGACAGUCUGCAGACACUCAGGGUCUGGAAAGGGCCUGCAUUUCAAUUCAUUGUAUUAUUAAACCACAAUUACUAUUAUUAGAAUUAUUAGAAUUAUUAUUACUAUUUUUACUUAUCAUUUUUACUAUUACAUUAUAUUACUUAAUGAUACUGUAUGUUUACUCAUAACCAUGGCUAUGAUUGUUAUUAACUGUACUAUUUGAUUGUUUAAAAGUAGAGUAGAUAAAAGUAAAGAAAAUAUUAUUAAAAUUAAAAUUUAGUAUUCAGCUUUUGUGUGAUCACUGUAGCCUAUUGUUGGAGACAGCUACAUAGUUAUAAUGACAAUAUUGAUAUUUUUAUGUAUGCAUUUCAUGCUAUAACUGUGACUUCUGUGAAAUUGACACGGCUGCACUGAUGGCCAUAUUGAUGCAACAAGGUGCCAUAAACUCAAAUCAACUGAACCAUUGAGCUUUGCAAAAACAUGCAUUGGAGACAUAAUCCCAUUUUCAUAAAAAUAAAUGAUAAGG